CGGCGACGACGACUUCGAUCAACCAAGCCUCUCUGCCUAGUCCUUGUCGUAAACCGCACAGGCGUCAACUUUGCCCCCCCUCCAGACUCAGACCAAACACCCAACACUACAGGACUUCGCCCAUCCUAAUUCUGCCACAUCCUCGACCGGCCGUACCUUUGCCUGAAGACAUACCUAGUCCACUUCAAACAUUAAACCACAGGCCCCUCGUCCUCUGACACCACAACCCACCUCGCCUCGGGCCCCAACACCAGAUGGCCAACAUCAACUGGCGGACCAUUGACGUGGACGCAUAUGAUCCUGACUCUGCCACAAACUUUGCCUUGACCACCCUUCUCCCCUCCAACCUCCCUGCCCCAUCCACAUCCUCCGAAUCCGCACAAAUAGGCCAGCAAGUACGUCAACUACUGCGAGCUGGUGACAGCGUUGGCGCUCUACAGUCUGCCCUGGAGACUGCUCCCUUUGCCGGCGAUGAAUCUGCUAAGCAAGUCCAUCUCGCUACUGUGCUCGAGGUGCUCCAGGGUAUCCGACAGGCAGAUGUCAGCAGAAUCCUCGGCGAGAUUCUCAAGCAACCAGGAGGGACCGCAUUGGGAGAUACUUUGAUGAAAUACAUCUACAAGGGCAUGGCGGUUGGAGCUGGCGGGAGUUCAGGCAAAGGUGUUAGUCCGCAGGCAACAGGCACCGGUUUUAGUCAGAUAUCAGGUCGGAACUUUGGCGAGGGUGGUGGUGGUCAGGUCAUGAGCGUUCUCCUGAGCUGGCAUGAAAAAUUGACAGAGGUGGUUGGUGUCGGUGGCAUUGUCAGGGUUCUGUCUGACCGGAGGACGGUAUGAACAACAUGUCAUUUACGUCCAGGCCCGAGCAGGAUGCGACACCGCCAACUCCUUGCUCUCCCAACCACAAACAUAUGGACAGUCUUGUGCAGGUCAUGACUGUCGCAGCUUUGCCAAAGUUCUUGUGUAUCGAUUUCGUGAGGAGCAAAGAGAACUGCGAGUCUUUUCCUCGACAAUAGGGUAUCAUGCGGCAGAACGACAAACUAGAAUAGACAUGGUCUCUUCAUCAGAAUGCAUCAAAAAUCCACUCGGCCGACCCCAG